ACUUCACCACGGACAACAAAGCCUUCAGUUCCCAGGGAUGGCAGGUCGAAUCUCCAGGAUUUUCUUUUUGCUGUUGGUGGUCUCAGGUUGCCUUGUUCUUUUUCUUUGCUCGUGGGAAAAUGUGUCAACCAGCAAGCGCUGGGCCAGCUUGUCAGCAAGUAACAGAAGCAGAGUCAAAGAAAUGAUGCUUGACUUUUUGUUCUGGGGAGAAGGAGACUUGAGUCCACUGCCUGACAUGUUCAUGCCGACCAAACUCGCCGUGCCGGAGACUCCCAUGCCGAUCCUCUACAGAAAAAACUACACGAAGCUUCCUCAGUGGGAUUUUGAUGAUGUUUAUAACCAGGAUGCUCAUCCCUGGCAUACAACGUGUGCCGAGUCUCUGCGAAACACUAAGGAUGAGAGCUUCAAGGAGGCUUUCCUUCCCAACGUUCGUCUGUUUCUGCACAAAGACAACUUCAACAUGAGCGAGUGGAAUCGGCUGUCACACUUCAACAAUCCAUUUGGCUUCAUGGACUUCAAGUACAAUGAUGUGAUGGCUGCAGUGAAGUUGAUCCAAAAAGCUCCAGAGCCGCUCCUGCAGCCGAAUCCACGCAGCGGCUGUGUUCACUGUGCUGUGGUGGGCACAGCCGGGAUCCUCAACGGCUCUAAAAUGGGGAAAGAGAUCGAUGGUCAUGAUUACGUUUUUCGGAUGAACGGAGCGGUCAUCAAAGGUCACGAAGAGGACGUUGGACAGAGAACGUCGGUGUACGUUCACACGGCCCACUCCAUCACUACCUCGCUGUAUUUGUUCAAGAAGUACGGCUACAAAUCUGUCCCUGCUGAUGAGGGUAUAAAAUUUGUGAUGAUUCCUGAGGGGAUGAGGGAUUUCAACUGGCUCGGAGGUCUUCUCAAAGGAGAAAGGAUCCCUGAAGGCUCAUACAAAAACAAGAGGCCAAGGACGUACUACGCCGAUCGGUACAACGAGACGCGCUUCUAUGUUCUGCAUCAGGAUUUCCUCAGAUACGUGCGAAACAGGUUCUUAAAGUCUCGUAAUCUGAAUGCUCGUUACUGGGCGAUUGUCAGACCAACCAAUGGGGCAUUCGCUCUCUUCCUGGCCCUGCACACCUGUGACACUGUGAGUGCGUAUGGAUUCAUGACUGAGGACUACAAGAAAUACAAUAACUACUACUUUGAGACAAACGUUAAAACGCGUGUUGUUUUCUAUGCCAACCACGACUACAUCCUAGAGAAGAAUUUGUGGAAAAGACUUCAUGACAACAAAAUACUUAAGCUAUAUCAAGGACCACAGUCAGAACCGGGGACAGAAAAGGGGUCAGAAAAGGGGUCAGAAAAGGGAAAGCUGAAGUAACACUGAUACACUGAGAUGCACUAGGUAAUUUGACAGUUUGUUAAAUUGUUAUUUUUACCCAAACCCUGUGAGAAAAUAUAUGAAACAGUUUUGUCUUCUUGAGGUGUUUUUUCGCCUUCAUCUUACAUAUUUUAAUAUUUAUUCGACCUUCUUGGAUGUUAACAAGAUGGACUAAA